GCAGCCGCAAAGUGUUUGUUUGACAGCUGGAGCAGACGGAGCAUCACAGCAGCUGGAGACACAUCUGGACCAGAACUGAGCUCGGAGCAGCCGGACGGACCGGGACGGACCGACGGAGACCGGGACCGACGGAGACCAAGACUGGAGGACGGACCGAAGGACCGGAAGACCGGAGGAUCAACCGGCAGGUGUCUCUCCGCCUCCCAGCAUCCCCUCCUCCAGGCCGGCGGCGGCUCCGGGGCCGGGCCGCCGGGGCUCCAUGGGGGACAGCAUGGCGGAGGAGACCCGGGUCAUCUACCACCUGGACGACCAGGAGACCCCCUACCUGGUCCGGAUCAACGUGCCCGCGCAGCGCGUCACCCUGGCCGACUUCAAGCAGGUCGUGAACAAACCGAACGUGAAAUUCUUCUUCAAGUCGGUGGACGACGACUUCGGGGUGGUUAAAGAGGAGAUCAGUGAUGAUGAUGCCAGGCUGCCUAUUGUGAACGGACGAGUCGUCUGUUGGCUGGUGUCAUCAGACUGUCAGCCAGAUUUCAGGGGCUCAGACAUCCAGUCUAUAGCCACGCCCACCUGUUUGGCUCCACCCCCCAUAGAGAGGACAGGUGGGAUCGGAGACUCCAGACCUCCGUCCUUCCAUGCUGCUGCCAUCGGCCAUGACGACCUGCAGGGGUCAGAGGUCAAACCUGCCGUCUCACCUGGAGAGAGGCAGAGGAGAGACGGUGGUGAGAGAGGUGGACGUCUGAAUGGACACGCCCACCAACCAACUGAUAAGAAAGGGGCGGGGCCAAAAAGUGGAGGUGACAGCUCAUCGACCCAACAGAGCAGCGAGUUGGAGACGACGAGUUUCUGUUCAUCUGAGGAAGACUCAGGAGGAAGGUUCAGCCAAUCAACAGAGCAGAGCAGCUCCUCGCCACGACUCAUCAGGCGACAACGCCGCCGCCACCGGAAACCAAAAACACCACGAAUGGAGAGGUCUGUGUCUUUCAGCAGUGUCACUGACUCCACCAUGUCGCUCAACAUCAUCACUGUAACCCUCAACAUGGAGAGGUAUAACUUCCUGGGCAUCAGUAUCGUGGGUCAGAGUAACGACAGAGGCGAUGGAGGGAUUUAUAUCGGCUCCAUCAUGAAGGGAGGAGCUGUGGCAGCAGACGGACGCAUCGAGCCGGGAGACAUGCUGCUGCAGGUGAACGACAUCAACUUUGAGAACAUGAGUAACGACGACGCUGUUCGAGUCCUGAGAGAGAUCGUCCACCAACCAGGUCCGGUGACAUUGACGGUGGCGAAGUGUUGGGAUCCGAACCCUCGAGGUUGUUUCACGCUGCCCAGAAGUGAGCCGGUGCGCCCCAUCGACCCGGCUGCCUGGGUGUCCCACACCGCCGCCAUGACGGGGAGUCUCCUCCCACAUUACGGCGUGCAUGAAGAAAACCAACUCACCAUCCACAGCGACAUGACGGUGAUCGUCAAGGCGAUGGCCAAUCCGGAGUCGGGCCUGGAGGUCCGGGACAGGAUGUGGUUGAAGAUCACCAUCCCCAACGCCUUCAUUGGUUCAGAUGUGGUCGACUGGCUGCAUCGAAACGUGGAAGGUUUCACCGACCGUCGCGAAGCUCGCAAGUACGCCGGCAACCUGCUGAAGGCCGGAUUCAUCCGACAUACCGUCAACAAGGUCACCUUCUCCGAGCAGUGCUACUACGUGUUCGGAGACCUCUGUGGAGAUAUGGGUGGUCUAAGUCUGCUGGACCAAGAUGGAGGCUCCACUCGAGCAGGAGGAUCUGACUGCGACCCCCCGGCUCCGGCCUUCCCCUACCAGUACCCCAUUCCUCACCCCUACAGCUCGCCUCACCCCAUGCACCAGCUCCCAGCCUGGGGGGGAGGAGGAGGAAGUCAACACAGUGAAGGAAGUCGCAGCAGCGGAUCGAACUGUAGCAACGAUCGUAAGGAAGAAGUAGGAGGAGCCAAAGGCAGCGAGUCAGAUCCUCCCAAACAGGAAACGAGUGCAUCACCUGACCGACAGCCGGCGGCCGAAUCCCCCGGCAACAGCAGCACCAGGCGAUCCCCCACCUCCUUCUCUGGUCUCCACGGUAACAACGACGUCCCGCCUCCGCCUCGAGGUCCGCGCCACGAGCUCGCCACCUCGCGGCAGUCCUUCCGCCUGGCCAUGGGAAACCCCAGCGACUUCUUCGUGGACGUCAUGUGACCUCGUGGCGACGAUGAUGUCGGACAUAUUUCCAGAUCAGACUGAAAACUGUGAACGCAGUCAGGGACGCUUCUAUUUAUUUUAUUUGGAAUUUUAUUUAUUUAAACCAGACAAGACAGUUUAUAGCCGAUCGAUAUCGGCAAGAACCUAAGACGAUGCUUUGUUUACAUCUGCUGUAGGACGUGUGACUGAUGUACUUCAUACGUGGAACAAUAUUCAUAAAUAACCCACUGAUUACUCAUUUAUGUUGCUGACAAAGCUGCAGAUACACGAUAAAGUCCACAAUUAAAGCUGUUACAGAGGGUCCUCGGUUUACAAUGUCCUCGACCUAUAACAUUGCGUCGUUGUGUCAGAACUGGUUACAGAGGGUCCUCGGUUUAACCUUCGUCAUUACGUUGGAAUUGGUUACGUGGAACUAGCUGAUGAUCGAAGCGGACGAAUACGUUGUCACGCAGCGCUAUAACAGAGCUUUGUUUACAUUCACCGCUUGUACUCCACCUUGGAUUGUGCUGCAUUCACUAAAUUCUUAGUCUUCGUUGUGGCUUCCAAGCUUAAGUCAGACUCUGCUGAUGCUUUGAAGAAAAGGAAAGCCCGUCUCUAUGGAAGUGAAAUUAGAUAUAGUAAAACGCUCGGAACAGGACAAAACACCGGUGAACAUCAGUCAAGUUGUUAAAAACAAGUCUACAUAUUGUAGUGACCCUCUGUGAUGAAUGAGUGAGACUUUAUCUGGUUCUCUGGUGGUUUAUUGAACCUUCACACAGCUACUGUGGGCUGUAGCCAACGCCAGAAUAAGUAGGAAAAACCCCAUAACUUAGCUCCAGAAUAACUAGAAAAAACCUAUAACUUAGCUCUAGAAUAACUAGAAAAACCCCAUAACUUAGCUCCAGAAUAACUAGAAAAACCCAUAACUUAGCUCCAGAAUAACUAGAAAACUCCAUAACUUAGCUCCAGAAUAACUAGAAAAACCCAUAACUUAGCUCUAGAAUAACUAGAAAACUCCAUAACUUAGCUCCAGAAUAACUAGAAAAACUCCAUAACUUAGCUCCAGAAUUAGCCGCCGUUUCCAGCUCUCUGACUCUCAGCCAAUCAGAGGUGAGCUAACUAAACAUGGCACGUUCACUGACAUUAGGUAAAUCUGGAACUGAACAAUAAACAUUGAAACCUCAACAGCAAUGUAAGUCGAGAACCCUCUGUAUAUGUGUCACUGGGAUGUAGGAGUUAUGCCCUAAUGGAUCCAGGCUUCAAUUUAGACAUGUGCGCUGGCUGGAGGUCAUUAAGACCCUCAAAAGACUUUGCCAUGGUGCCCCUUUAGGCACAAAAACACCACAAUGCUCUAAAAUGGUACUACAGCUAAACUACAACACUCAAAGUGUGUAUAGUCAAGGAAAAUGGAAUCAGAUUGUGGAAAAUCAAAUGCCUCGGAUCAGAUUGGAUGCAAAAAGCAACUUUGGACAUCCAUAAGUUAAACUAUCACACCUCAACCUGGUGUCCAAUCACAGAAUCACUACUGAAUCACUCCUUUUUUGGGGGGGAAUGAAGAUUUUACUGUUUCUUUUCACUCAGAAUCAAACUGAACCAGGACACUGUGCUGCUUCACCACACGGAUGAUGCUUUGCAGUCUUGUAGCAGCUCCGGAUGAGACGGAUUUCAGUUUAUUUGUGCAAAGUUCGUCUGUUUUGAGAUUCCUGCACGAGUGUGAAGGUGUUUCUGUGACCUCCUGAGAACAUGACGGUGCUUACUGUGUUGUGAAAAACUCAAAAACCAAAAGUAUCCUGAUGGAUGCAGAAGCUUCAGGUCAUCCGACGCUGAGGGUGUGGACAAACCUGCAAGAAAACACAAGAAACAUGAGUUUACUGAGAUUAGAAUCGAACAGCUUGACCAGUUUACGCUCUCUCAGAUCUUCAACAUCAUCUUCAAACUACCAGAAAUAAAAACAAAAGCAACACAAACACAUAAAACUUCCGUUUUUGCUGCUCUCCAUCCUCCAGACCUCCAUGUUUACUGCUGUACAUUCAGGUGUGUUAAUACGAUUUUAUUUAUGGACAUUUUUAUUCUGUCUUCACCUUCUUAAAGCAGAAAAACACAAUAAAAAUCUCAAAUAAA